AUGUCGGUAUAUACACCAAAUUCAGCCGCAGUUGCUGCUCAACAACAGCAGCAACAACAUCAACAGAGACAACAACACCAGCAACGAUUGAGUGAGUUAUUAGAGGCCGUGAAACAGGAGUUUGACUUUGCGUUGAACGAGGCAUCGAAUUUCAAGCAGGUGAAGGAGGACUACGACUUGAAAUACAACCAGCAGACUGCGGAGAUGCAACAAAUCAGGCAGACUGUGUACGAGUUAGAAAUGGCUCACAGAAAGAUUAAGGAGGCGUACGAGGAAGAAAUCUUAAGAUUGAAAACCGAGUUAGAAAAUAGAGAUAGACAGGCUCAGCAACACCAAAGCAAACUCAACGGGAUUGAAAAUAGACAACCCCCAUUUGGUAACUAUCCACCUCCACAACAGCAGCAACAGCCUCCACAACAAGCUUCAGUUCCGCAAGUAUCACAGUCCCAAACUUUACCUCCGCCUAUUAAACCAUCUCCUAGCAAACAAGAGGCCAAGCCAGAAUCGCCAAAGACUGCUAAGGUUGAGGCUACCAAAGAUGAAACUAUUACACAAGCAUCAGCGGAACCACCAUCUCCAGAAACAUCUACUGCGUUGACUAUCAUUGACAAGACUCAAUACAUAGUGAAUCCAGCUCAAAAGGCUUCUCACGUCAAGGAGAUUCCAUCAUUCUUGGCUGAUUUAGAUGUCUCUAAGGCUAAUCCUGAUUUCAAGAAACAAAAGCCUGAUUAUUAUGUUUUAUAUAACCCUGCCUUCAGUCGUGAUUUGGAUGUUGAUUUGAUUCACUCUUUAGAUCACUCUUCUGUUGUCUGUUGUGUUCGUUUUUCCAAGAAUGGUGAGUUCAUUGCGACAGGUUGUAAUAAGACUACACAAGUUUUCAAUGUUAAAACCGGUGAAUUGGUUGCCAAAUUGAUUGAUGAUAACUCAUCCAAUGGUGUCAAUGAUGACAGCAACAACGAAAACCAAUCAAACGAAUCUAAUGUCCAAUCCUCAUCUGCAAAUGCAAAUGGUGACUUAUAUAUUAGAUCUGUUUGUUUCUCUCCUGAUGGUAAAUUAUUAGCUACUGGUGCUGAAGACAAGUUAAUUAGAAUUUGGGAUUUGGAAACCAAAAGAAUAAUUAAGAUUUUACGUGGUCAUGAACAAGAUAUUUAUUCUUUAGAUUUCUUUCCUGAUGGCAACAGACUUGUUUCUGGUUCUGGUGACAGAACUGUUAGAAUCUGGGAUUUAAGAUCCUCGCAGUGCUCAUUGACUUUAUCUAUUGAAGAUGGUGUUACCACUGUUGCAGUUUCUCCAGAUGGUCAGUUGAUCACUGCAGGUUCCUUAGAUAGAACUGUUAGAGUUUGGGAUUCCACCACUGGUUUCUUAGUAGAAAGAUUAGAUUCUGGUAAUGAAAAUGGAAAUGGACACGAAGACUCUGUUUACUCAGUUGCUUUCUCAACUAACGGUAAACAAAUUGCUUCUGGUUCUUUGGACAGAACUGUUAAGUUAUGGAACUUAGAAGGCAAACAAGACCCACAGUCAAAUGUUUCUAAUAAUCCAAGUGGAAAGAAGUCAUCUUGUGAAGUCACCUACAUUGGUCAUAAGGAUUUUGUCUUGUCUGUCUGCUCAACUCCUAAGAAUGAAUAUAUUUUAUCUGGUUCUAAGGACCGUGGUGUUAUCUUCUGGGACCAAAUCUCAGGUAACCCAUUAUUAAUGUUGCAAGGUCACCGUAACUCUGUUAUUUCUGUGGCUGUUUCGUUGAAUUCGGAAGGUACAGAGGGUAUUUUUGCCACAGGAAGUGGUGAUUGUAAAGCAAGAUUAUGGAAGUGGACUAGAAAAUAA